UGCGCGAGAAUUCAGGCAGUAAAGUGAACGUCGGGUGGUGGAGUGUGAUUGAAGCUACUGAGGAGAAACUACAGCAGGGGGAAACACAGUCUGCCAGUCUUAUUUGCACAAUUUUGACAGGCUAUUUCCUCUAAAAUGGCGUAUCACAGUCCUUACAGAGCUCCACCGCAGAUCAGCGCUCCCCCGGAUCAAGGUUUUCUGUGGAAUAUCUUUCAGAGGGUUGACAAGGACCGGAGCGGAGUGAUAUCAGACUCAGAGCUUCAGCAGGCCUUAUCAAAUGGCACAUGGACUCCCUUCAACCCAGUGACCGUCCGCUCCAUCAUAUCCAUGUUCGACAGGGAAAACAAAGGUGGGGUGAACUUCAACGAGUUCGCCGGUGUGUGGAAGUACAUCACAGACUGGCAGAACAUCUUUAGGACCUAUGACAGGGACAACUCCGGCUUCAUCGAUAAGAAUGAGCUUAAACAGGCACUGACUGGAUUUGGUGAGCAGCAAAGCUAUCGUCUAUCAGAUCAGUUCUACAGCACGCUGAUAGAGAAGUUUGACCGCCAGAGGAAGGGACAGGUGGCCUUUGAUGACUUCAUCCAGUGCUGCAUUGUACUACAGGUGACAUAUUUACACUAUAUCAAAAUAAACACACAUAAAAUAAAAAUGUAUUUUGCAUGCACAUGCAAGCUGGCCGCUUACACAGGCACCUAGGAACAUUCAAAGCUU